GUCAAAAUGGCAGCGCGGAGCAUUCACUAACAGCCAGGCAGCUGCACUUUCACACGUUCCUCCUCUUCUCCCUGUCGCCACCAAACCGAAAGAGUUAUACUGUCUGUACAACAGGAAAAUUCACAUUUCCGAUACACAAAAGGUUUGCAAAAGAAAGGCCUUUGAACACCCCAAAUAUACUGUCCUGGAUACAAUGGCCUGCAUUGCAGAUAAGUAAGGGAACCCCAGCCAUGGAAAACUGUUCAAAUGGCAAUGACCGUGACUGAAUUAGGCUGUGGAGACGUCCUUUGUCUGUCGGUUGGGUGAGUCUAUCUGUGCAGGAUAUAAUGAUCAGGUUCCUGUUGAUGGUGAACAAACAGGGCCAGACCCGCCUGUCCAAGUACUAUGAGCCCGUGGACGUCGCCAAGAGAGCGUCGCUGGAGACUGAUGUGGUGAAGAGCUGUCUGUCACGCAAGAAAGAGGAGUGCUCCUUUGUGGAAUACAAGGACUACAAGCUGGUGUACCGGCAGUAUGCGGCCCUCUUCAUCGUGGUGGGAGUCGACGAGACCGAGAAUGAGCUUGCCAUCUUUGAGCUGGUGCACAACUUUGUGGAGGUACUGGACAAGUACUUCAGCCGUGUGAGUGAGUUGGAUAUCAUGUUUAACCUGGACAAGGUGCACAUUAUCCUGGAUGAGAUGAUCCUCAACGGACACAUCGUGGAGACCAACAAGAGUCGCAUUCUGGCCCCCUUACUGGUCCUGGAUAAAAUGGCGGAGAGCUGAACAGAAAAGUCAACAGGAGAUCCCACCUCACUGCAUCCAUGCAGCUCUACCUGUAGGGCAAUAAAUGUAUUGAUAAAUAUGUUCAAGUUUCACAGUAUGAACUGAUUUUCAAUCUCCGUUAUGAGGAAGGAUUUUAGUACAAAGAAAUUCCAUGGAUUUCAGACGAUGUGGUACAAA